AUGCGUUCAGUCAAAAGUGUCAGAAGAAAUUGUAAUGCUAAAUAUGGAUACAAAAAUGUAUCAAAUAAAAAAGGUGCAGUUAGAAAAGCACUUCUUUCAUGGAAGGAGUGGAAGAAAUCCACUUAUUCAAACUCUACUAGUAAUAAAUAUGAUAGUAUAAAUGAAAUUACAACAAGUAAUGUCAUUUAUAGUGGUAAUCAGAAAACAGAACCAAAUAAAAUUAAAGAAAAAGUGGUACUGGAACUUCCUGAAACAGAGGACAAAACUACUGGCAAUUGUCUUUCUGUAAAUGUUACUUCAAAUGGUUUAAAAAAUGUAAUGAAGAUUCCUGUUGAUAGUGAUGUUGUCACGAGUCAGCAAACUGUUUCUGGCUCUUUAAAUCUUCCAUCACAAAUGUCAAAUAUUUCUAAGUUUCAUUCUACCAUUGGUGCUAAAUUUUUUGAAAGUGUGUUAGUUUACGUCAAAAGCGUUUUAAAUUCGACAUCAAAGAAUACAUUACAUCAGAGGUUCGAAUUUAGUCAUAGUACAACGAGACAGGAUGGACGACAUAAGUUAGCCCCGAGGGACAUUAGAUUCUGUGCCGAUAUGUUGGAUAAAUAUGGUGAAGAUUUCAAUGCUAUUUCUGAAUCUGAGGAUAAUGUUUUCAUGGAUACACCUCGUGGUAUUGAAAAAAGAAUUGAACUUUUUAAGGAGUCGCCGGAAUAUGAGCUUUAUAAAAAGGCAAAAAAGGAGGGAAGGUCAUUUGAAUCAAUGUUGGUAUCCAGUUAA